GGAAACGCAACAAUUCAUUUUUUUUGUAGGCAUAUUUUGGACCGCUAUAUUCAACAGACAGAAACACGUGGGGUCCUUUUCCUCCAUAGGUCUACACAACGUGAGGACCAUGCCGAAGUCAAAGAGAGACAAGAAAGUUUCACUAACAAAAACAGCCAAGAAGGGUCUGGAAACUAAACAGAACUUAAUAGAAGAGUUGCGGAAAUGUGUGGACAUUUACAAGCAUCUGUUCAUCUUCUCUGUGGCAAACAUGAGGAACAACAAACUGAAAGACAUCAGGACAGCCUGGAAACACAGUCGAUUCUUUUUUGGCAAAAACAAAGUCAUGAUGAUCGCUAUAGGUAAAGGAUCAACAAGCGAGUACAAAGACAAUUUGCACAAGGUCAGCCGGUUUCUGAGGGGAGAAGUGGGUGUGCUAUUCACAAAUAAAACCAAGGAAGAGGUACAAGAGUAUUUCAGCCAGUUUAAAGAGAUGGAUUUUGCACGAGCAGGAAACAAGGCAGGGAUGGCCAUAACACUUGAUGAAGGACCCCUGGAACAGUUCCCUCACUCCAUGGAGCCACAGUUGAGACAGUUGGGACUCCCCACAGCACUCAAGAAAGGAGUGGUGACACUACUGAAAGACCAUGACGUGUGCAAAGAGGGAGACACACUAACCCCUGAACAGGCCCGUAUUCUGAAACUCUUUGGGAUUGAGAUGGCAGAAUUCAGAGUGCAGAUCAAGUGCAUGUGGAACUCUGAAACGAGCGACUUUGAGAAGCUGGCUGAGGAAGAAGAGGAAGAGGCCAUGCAGGAUAAUGACACAGAGGAGGAAGAAGGGGGUGGGAAAUGAAUCUGGAUAGACUAAUGGACUUCUCAGACCUUAGGAUUUUAAUACUGUGUGACCUGUAUGUUUUAAUGUCUCAACCUUCAAGUGUUUCCUUUUGCCUAUGAAAUACUAGAUUUCUGGUAUGUUACCCAUUGAAUCUUGUGAACAUACAUUUUGUGCUUUAUACAUCUUUUGUGGUCCACUCAAAUACAACAGUACAAACUAAACCGGUUUGCUUGGUUGUGUCUUAUAAAACAUCCCACAAAAAAAAUGUUUAGUGGGAAUUGUUUAUGCACAGUAUAGCUUUAAAAUUGCCAGCUAUGUAAAAUUGUUAGCCACAUUUUGAUCCUUACAAACGCACUGGUCAUGGCAGAUCAGUGAAGAUAAAAUAAUCCCAUUGUUCUCCAGUUGAUUAGACACAGCCUCCAGAAAAUGUUUUUCCCUAAUUCAUUGAAUUUAAAUGAAUUGCUCACCAUUAGAAUAUACAAAAUCAAAAUAAUCUGUGCCUUUCGUAGUUUGUUUUAAUGAAUACUUGCAUCAAUCUGAUAAC